CAUCUGACCAGGAGAAACGAUAUCAAGAUGCCUCCCCGCGCCCCCUAUAUUGUGCCGGCGCUCACGAAGCACACCGCGACAGUGAUCAUGGCCCACGGCUUGGGCGACAGUGGUGCUGGAUGGAUGGCUCUGGCCCAGAACUGGCGCCGUCGCGGCAUGUUCGAUGAAGUGGCUUUCAUUUUCCCGAAUGCGCCCAUGAUCCCUAUCACAGUGAACUUCGGAAUGAGCAUGCCGGGAUGGUACGACAUUUCCAAGCUGGGUCGUGAUUUGGACUUUGAGGAGGCCAUCCGCCACCAAGACGAACCAGGUGCCAUUCGUUCCCGUGACUACUUCAACACCCUCAUCAAGGAGCAGAUCGAUCAGGGCAUUAAGCCCUCCCGCAUCGUCCUCGGAGGAUUCUCCCAGGGUGGAGCCAUGUCCCUCUUCACGGGUCUCACGAACAAGGAGAAGUUAGGUGGUGUGUUUGGUCUCUCUUGCUACUUGUUGCUCCAUGAUCGGGUCAAGAACUAUAUCCCCGAGGAUUAUCCGAACAAGAAGACGCCGUUCUUCAUGGGUCAUGGUCUGGAAGACGAGGUGGUCAAGUAUGACUUCGGUAAGCAGUCGGCAAAGAUGCUGGAGGAUUUGGGCUUGGAGGAUGUCAAGUUCCAUUCUUACCCUGAUCUCGGCCACUCUGCCGAUCCGGUUGAGAUUCAGGACCUGGAGAACUUCCUUGGCAAGGUCAUUCCUCCGGAGGAUGCUGCCUCUGGGUUAUGACUUGAUGAUGGCAGUACGGCCCUGGCCGGGCCAUCUAUGGCGACCCCCGUCACAUAUGGAAUCUUUCUGGGCAUCGUUGUAUUGGUAAUUGCGGUUUUGCUGUCGAGGUUCAGCUGGAGGGAGAAGCGAGCUGCACCAAUGAAACAGGAUUGAACAUAUGAUUUGCUUUUGGCUUCUUGAAGAUGUCUAGACGAUAGAUCAAUAUGCACGAAUUGACGGAAUCUAGUAGCCAUCUACCCAUCACCCCUAAGUCUCG